GAAUGGCCCUGAGGGAAGGCCGGGCAGGGCCGGGCCCAGAUGGUUCCUGUUGAGGAAGCGGUGGGCACAGCUGCACGCCGCUACCCCGGCCCCCAGCCGUCCUAUCACCGUGACACAGCUGGCUGCCUCGCCUGCAGGCUGCGGGGAGACCUCCCCCACCGGCGCCUCCCCAGGCCCGCCCUGCAUCACAUGAGCCCCUGCAGCCUCCCGCCCCUUCCCCAGGCCGGCGGGCAGCGGCCGCUAGAAGGCCCAGAGCUGUCUGGGGGGCAGAGGCCUCCAGCGGUGAGAAAGCCAGCCUGGCCGUGGCGCCUCGUCUUUGCCUCAAGGCCCCACGAGGCCAGGAAGGGCGUGCACCGCCGUCCUUGGCCCCCAGAAGGCGGCCCGCCUCUCACCCAGCACCAGGAUUGUCUCCCAGAUCGACCUCCAGACCCAUGUCCCGGGCAUCCCCCUUGCUGGACAGCAGGCUCCCGGCGUCCACCAGCUGCUCAGUGCCCCGGGGUCCCAGGAAGAGUGGCCCAGUGGACAGGAAGGACAAGACAGCAACGAUGCCCGACUCGCCCACUGAGGUGAAGACUCAGCCCCGCUCCACACCCCCCGGCAUGCCGCCCCCACCGCCUGCUGCGUCCCAGGGGGCCACCCGGCUCCCCUCCUUCACGCCUCACACAAAUCGAGAGGACGGGCCCACGAUGUCCCUGCCCCACGGCCGUUUUCAUGGCUGCUUAAAAUGGUCUAUGGUCUGUCUUUUGAUGAACGGCAGUCACUCGCCGACGGCAGUCAACGGUGCCCCGUCCACACCCAGCGGCUUCAGUAAUGGCCCGGCCACCUCGUCCACGGCCUCGUUGUCCACGCAGCACCUGCCCCCGGCCUGCGGGGCGCGGCAGCUCAGCAAGCUGAAGCGCUUCCUCACCACCCUGCAGCAGUUCGGCAGCGACAUCUCGCCGGAGAUCGGGGAGCGCGUGCGCACGCUGGUGCUGGGGCUCGUGAACUCCACGCUGACCAUCGAGGAGUUCCAUUCCAAGCUCCAGGAGGCCACCAACUUCCCUCUGCGUCCUUUCGUCAUCCCCUUCCUGAAGGCAAACCUGCCCUUGCUGCAGAGGGAACUCCUGCACUGUGCGCGCCUGGCCAAGCAGACCCCCGCCCAGUACCUGGCCCAGCACGAGCAGCUCCUGCUGGAUGCCAGUGCCUCCUCUCCCAUCGACUCCUCCGAGCUCCUGCUGGAAGUCAACGAGAACGGCAAGAGGAGGACACCUGACAGGACCAAAGAGAAUGGGUCAGACCGUGACCCGCUGCACCCCGACCACCUCAGCAAACGGCCGUGCACCCUGAGCCCCGCCCAGCGCUACAGCCCCAGCAACGGACUGCCCCAUGCCACGCAGCCGCCGCAUUACCGCCUCGAGGACAUGGCCAUGGCCCACCACUUCCGGGACUCCUACCGCCACCCUGACCCUCGGGAGCUGCGGGAGCGCCAUCGACAACUCGGUGAGCAGUGCGCUGGGGAGCAGGGGCACGCAGGGGAGGCUCAGGGAGAGACAGAGCGGGGCAGAUACGCGGACACCACCUAGCCUUGUCUGUCCAGGAAGGAUGCCGAGGAAAUGGGUGUGGGGAGAGGAUUUGAGUGGGGUAGGCCCAGAGGGAAACCCCACCCUGCUGGGCUGUGCCCCUGAGCCUUAGGGAGGGCCAUCCUUCCCAGACCUCUGUCUUAGGGGUCUGACAUCCCCCACCCUCAGGGUCAGGGGCCUCCCUCCCCCAGGAAAGGGCUGUGGUUCAGAGGAGCCUGCCCCGGGGGCUGGGCAGGGAGGGGCAGGUACAGGGCCUGAGGGAACCUAGAGCGCACCUGGAGGGGCGCUGGCCGCCUGCCAGGUAUACACACAGGGUGUGCGGCCUGGAUGUGGCGUCAGGGCCAGCCCGGAAGAGACCCCCUGUCGGGCAGGGUGGGUGUGUGAGUCACCGUGCUGCAGCUCCUGCCUCCAGGCCACACCCACACACUGAGCCCAGGCACCCCAGGGAAAGGAAAUGCCCCCGAGACUCACGGGCCCUCAUUGAGCACCACUGACUAGGCACACCCUGUCCUGCUCUGUGUGCGGGAUGAGAGUGAGCCCCACAACUCUAGGACACGGGGUGAGCUGUGCACGGGGGAGGGAGAGGCAGGAGCCUGGCUCUCCGGGAGCAAAUGGGUCCUCUGAGCUGCACCAGUUCCCCACUGCGCGCCUUGGGUGUGCGGUGUGAGCGCCGGCCUCAGUCUCCUCCUAUGUCAGCUGGUCUAGUGGGAGUCCCACCCCUCGGGCUGGUGUGAGGAGAGUUCACACAGGGCCUGGCACAGGGGAGGGGCUGGUAUUGGUUACCAGAACCAUCACGGGUGGCAACAUGCUCUGACGUUGGUAGUACGUGGGUGUGAUGCAUGGGCAGGCCCGUGUCACAGAGGACGAGGCCCAGAAAACCAAAUGCACAUGCCCAAAGCCUUCUAGCCGUGUCUGCCUGACCUCCUGACCCCCUCUGUAUGGGGGACGAAGAGAUGACUGGGACCCUUCCACAACCUGGGGCCCCCGGCAUACUGGGGGGACAGCCUGGAAACAGCUGCCCCUGAGAGUCCCAGGGGACCAGUGGGGGGCCCAGAGGCAGGGUCAGCGAAGGCCUCACCCUGUACAAGGCCAUCUCCCCGCCCCCACCCUGCGGAAGCUUGCAGGGCCUAGGCCCAGGCAGCAGGUGACAGCGUCUGGCUCCCUGCAGCCGGGUCGGGCAGGUGCUAAUUCCCACCCGUUUCUGCUAAUGCAAAAAUAAACGCCAACUGUCAGGCAGAUCUCAGCCACUAUUUUGGUUGGGGCGUUGGCACGGGCCCUGGUGUCGCGGGUGGCAGGGCCGGGUGGUGGACAGUAGGCUGUGGCUGCUGCAUCUCUCUCCUGCUGCAGUUUGAGGAUGCAUUUCAGGUUUGGUGGGGCUAGGAGACCCUCAGGGCUGGAAAAGGCCUCAACAGAGAGACCCCACCCAGGAAGCACCGGUCAGCUCUGGGUCACCCAGCAUAGGCUUGGGGCACCACACCAGCGUGGGGCUGAGAGCAUUUGAUAGGUCAAACAUCUGUUGCAUCAGUGAAUUCCUCAGUUCGGGGUUGUUUUGUUUCUCAUUACCAGGCUCGGGGGGGGCACCCCACUGUUUCAGUCUCUGGAGCUGUACCAGCCAGCAGCUGAGGGCACAGUGGAGGCGCGGGCUGACCUUGGGUGACUUUGGGUAAUCCCAUCCCCGUCGCCAGCCUCGGUGCUCCCACCAGUCAGGUGGGAGUGAGGGUAGAACCCCCCCAUGGGGGGCCGUGCCCUCCUGUGCACCUCCGCAGAGCCCUCUCACACCCCGGCACGUAGGCAGGGUAGGGAAACUGACAGCGCAGUGAGGUGAGGGGCCCGGGCCCUGCAGGGAACAAGUGUUGGGGUGUCUGGUCUCCCAGGGGACCCCACUUGGACCCAGCAGAUGAGCCAGAGCACGGCCUCUUGCCCAGCUGGACUUCGGCCGGGAGACACAGCAGCCCUGCCCUGGGGACAGACGCAGCCCGUGGCAGGGACAGAAUAAACAAGGACACGGCCAGGCCAGGACUGUUUACGCCUGCAUACGUGUGGGGCCAAAUGACUUCGGAAGGGCUCGGGGCUGCUGAGGAGGGCACCUAGGACCUGGGCUUUGAGGGGUGUGUAGGAGUCCAGCCGGCUGAGAGAAAGCGGGACAGCAUGGGCUGAGCCAGGCGGCCGCCAGUGAGCCCCUGAGGGCUUUGGAGGAGUGACAAGGCCAUCAAAGUGGGGCCUGAGGCAGCUUCCAUGGGCAGCAGCGCAGAAAAACAAAGAUGUGCUGGAUUUGGAGACAGGGACGUAGGGGAGGGGUGGCCAAGCCUAGACUGAGGGAUGGGGGCCGGUCUCUUCCUCCCAAACACUGAGUAGAGGCCAGGCCUGUUCCUGACCUCCCCCCAAAGUCGGUGGAUGGAGGCUCAGUGCCCAGGGUCCCCCUGCUCACCCUUGUCCACUUCUCUCAGGCAGGCAAAGCCAAGCCCAAGGACAGGGCUUGGGGCGAGGGGCGGGGCCUGGGGAGCA